AUCAGGUGGAAAGUUCAAAUCAUGCAUCCUUUUUUUCUUCUGUAAAUUUGCAUGGGUUUUAUGGACUGGAUGCUAUGAAUGGUGGAAUCUAACGGUGGCAACAAAUGAAGGAUUUUUGGUGGGACUUUUCACAGCAUCAUGACCUUGUUCCCAAAGGUAUUUUAGGUGAUGCAUGGAACAGGGUGAUGAGGUUCGCUGUUUUCUGGUCAAUAUGGCUAUGGAGAAAUCAGAAAACCUUCGGAGAGGAAGCUGAUGUUGCUGACAAGAUUAAAGAAGGUAUGAGUAGACAAAGGGCAAGAAAAGAAUGGUUCAGAGAUGGAGAUGCAAACACCCAAUUUUUCCACAGAUGCAUAAGAAACAGACAGAGAAAACAGGAGAUCAACUGCAUUGAAAUAAACGGCUGCCAACAAAACAGUGUACAGGGAAUUAAGGAAGGGAUAGCCAAGCACUUUGAAGAGCUAUACAGAGAAGAGGAUUGGGCUCGACCCGUUUUAAAUGGCAUCAACUUUAAGCAAAUCUCAACUGCCCAAGCCAACCUACUGACAUCUCCAUUUUCUGAGGAGGAGAUCAGAAAAGCAGUAUGGGAUUGUGGGUGCUCUAAAGCUCCAGGACUAGAUGGAUUCAAUUUCCUUUUUUUCAUACGCAUGUGGGAAGUAAUUAAGAAGGAUAUUGUCGAUUUUGUUCAAGAAUUUCACAAAAAUGGGAGAUUAGUAGCUGGAUCAAAUGUCUCAUUCAUCACCCUCAUCCCGAAGGUCUGCAAUCCACAGAAAAUUGAAGAUUAUAGGCCAAUUUCAUUAAUAGGAGCCAUGUACAAAAUCAUUGCAAAGCUUCUUGCGAAUCGGCUCAACUUAGUGAUUCCUGAUGUCAUCGGGAAACAACAAAUGGCCUUCAUUAAAGGUAGGCAAUUAAGUGAAGGAGUAAUAAUUGCCAAUGAAAUUAUAGAUGAUGCCAAAAAGCAGAAGAGAGAGUGUUUCUUGUUCAAAAUAGAUUUGGAGAAGGCAUUUGAUAAAGUCAGCUGGCACUUCUUGGACUACAUGCUCAUGAGAAUGAGAUUUGGAGAUAUCUGGAGAGGAUGGAUCAGGGAAUGCCUACAAACCAGCAUGAUAUCAAUCCUAGUCAAUGGUAGCCCCACAAGGCAAUUCAAGGUCAGUAAAGGCUUGAGACAAGGUGACCCCCUUUCACCCUUUUUGUUUUUGAUAAUAGCAGAGGGACUAAAUGGAAUCAUCACAAAGGCAACUGAACUAAGUCUGUUUGAGGGCGUGGAAGCAGCAAAGUGCAUAUUGAGGACAUUUGAGCUAGCAACUGGACUGACAAUAAACUAUUCAAAAAGCCAACUCAUGGGGGUUAAUGUAGAAGAAGACUGGUUGGACAAAAUGGCCUGCCUCUUGAAUUGCAAGAUCGGGUGUUUGCCAUUCAAAUACUUGGGGGUCCCUGUUGGAGGUAAUCAUAGAAGAAUGGAAUUGUGGAAACCCUUGAUUGAUACCUUCUCAAAGAAACUGACUACUUGGAAAGGUCAACGGCUCUCUCUUGGUGGCAGAAUUACUUUGCUUAACUAUGUGCUCUCGUCCUUGCCAGUGUUUCUCCUGUCUGUCUACUUGGCUCCCAAAGGUAGGCUGGAGGGUGGAUUAGGGGUCAAGAACAUGAGGUAUCUUAACCUCUCAUUACUUGGUAAAUGGUGGGAUAAAUUAGCAAAGGGCGAGGGUUCUCUCUGGUAUAAAAUUAUUAAAGAAAAAUAUGGGAAAGAGAGUGAAAACUGGUACGAGUGGGUUAGGGAGGGUAGAGGGUAUGGAUCAAAUUGGUGGAAAGAUAUAUGCAAGCAAGGAGUCAAAGACAACUGGGAUUGGAUACACACCAAGGAUGGAGCCUACACAGCAAAAUCGGGAUACCAACAGCUAGCCUCCCUUCAAAAUAGCAAUCACAGACAUGAAUUUAGCAGAGUGUGGAACAGCUACAUUCCAACAAAGAUUUGCAGACCCAUUAGCUUGAUCGGGUGUGUUUACAAACUGUUAACAAAAGUGUUGGUCGAUAGAAUUAAGGUCGUGAUGCCGGAUGCACCAAAUACGCACUAAUUUUAGGCAAGUGAACCUAAUCGAUUAUGCAGUAUAAGAUGAGUAAGAUAUCGUUCCCUCGAAGACUAUCCUACACUACCAAGACCCUAUUAAUCUAACCUAAGUUGAAUUAAUCAAUUAAUGAGAA